GAAAAACAAAUUGGACUGUUUACAAACGUGCGCGCGCUCUAGUGUAGUCAAGCUGCAGCGCAAAGCAAGAACACUAUCUCCCAGAAUGCUUUGCGUUGCCCUACGCCUGCGUCAGCAGCGCGACGAAAAUCUGUAGCCAAACAAACCGAACACGGGUAGCUGUAAUAUAGUUUAACAAUGGAGUCGGAUCAGACAAAAGACGACUGUGCUCCCACCCAGCCAACACCAGCACCUCCCUCCCAGUCAAAGAAGCCAAGUCAGGCUCUGUACGUCCCCAAGCAACGACUUCAAGGCUCCAAAGACAAACCUCAGACUCAGGGAGAAGCUAAACCGAGACCCAGACCUCGCUACACAGACAAGGCAAGAAAAAACGCCAAGAACAAGAAGAGCAAGGCUGGAGCAGGGGAUAAGGAGGCUCCUGUUGGAGGAGAGGAUGGAGGAGAGACACAGAAUGGUGAUCCUGAUGUAAAGGAAGAGCGGUUACAGGAUACGGAUGUGCAGGUUAAUGGGCAGCCGGACUCAGCCGAUGUGGAGGCAGAUGAUACCUCAGGGCUGGAAGAAACAGCCGCUCAGGAAGAGGAGGAGGACAGCUGGGACACCUUGUUCAAUGAUGAUGGAGAUUGUCUGGAUCCGCACCUACUUGAAGAGCUGGCUGUGAAGGAGGGUAAAAAGAAAGAGUCAAUCCAGGAGCCCAGGUUUGAUUACUACAACAUGGACCGAGAUGACGAUGACGACAUCGACCUCACGGAGGAUGAACUUGCUCACAUUGUAGAGAUCUACGACUUCCCUGUGGAGUUUAAGACGGAGGACCUUCUCAAGUUAUUUCAGUGCUACCAACAGAGAGGCUUUGACAUCAAAUGGAUUGAUGACAAACACGCCCUGGGCCUCUUCUCAAGCCCCAUUGCAGCUCGUGAAGCUUUAAGAUCCAAACAUCCACUGAUGAAGCUGCGACCACUCUCCAAAUCCUCCUCUGCCACUAAGGCCAAAGCUCGUAGCUGCUCAGACUACCUCCUGCCUGCUAAAGAGAGACCUCAGACGAGUGCGGCACUGGCUCGCAAGCUUGUGAUCGGUGCUCUCGGUGUGAAGAGCAACCUGACGAAAGAGCAGCGCGAGGCAGAGAGGAAGAAGCUCCAGGAGGCGAGAGAACAAAAGCGGCUGGCAGCCAAACAGAAGGAAGAUGCUUGGGAGGGGAAGUGACUAAACAGAAAGCUACUGUUUUAUUUUGUAUUUUUUUUAGAAUACUUGAUUCAGCAGAGGCUUAAGUCUUCUCCAUUUCCUCUCCUGCUCUGUUUUUGUCAAAUGGCCACUCCUUCCUUCCACCACACUUCACAGAAGUGGAUUCCAACCAUUUCUCCUUCUUUCUGCCACAGUCCUUCUUUUUGCCUGCAGAGUUACAUCAGAUGAGAUUGUCCUGCUGUUGAUCUCCCACCCUUAUCUUCAUAGUCUGUCCAUGUUGCCUCUGUGCCAUGGCCGAGCUAACACAACAGACUCACCUGUACCACAGUAACCACAGUCGUGAAGCACUGAGUCUAACCGUUUGUCGAACCCAACUAAAUACACCUAAUGCUUCGUGUUUGUUUUUAUACGAAUUUUUUAUGCUUUUAAAUCUGACCCAAGGAAAUCCACGUGUUAAUGUGAGGGAAGCAAAGUUUUUUUGUGAUAUGUCCCGUAGUAUAUAUAUAAUAUAACUCACUCACGCUGAUUCAGUACAUCAUUAAACCCUAUGUGAAGACAUUGUUGAGAUCCCGUUAGCUCGUCUAUUAAACAUUUUCUGAGAAGUGAAAAGCCUCUAAAAAAAAAGCUGGUGCUGUUGUUCUUGUCUAGCUUCAUGGCUGUUCUGUCUGUGUUUUGUGUUGUGUGCUCGUCUGUACACAUUUUCAACAAGAGAAGUCUUGUUCAAACGGGACUGAUGAUGAUGAUUAUGAUGAGGAUAAUAUGGUUAUUCAAUCUAAGGAACAAACUUUAGCUGAAUAAGCUUGUAGUUGACAGGCAGCUUGUUAGCCAGUAAGAAAUACGCAUUUUGGGGGUUUGUUGGGAGAAAAAGUGUUAUUGUGAACACUGAAACUCUCGAGGAGUCCUACCUCAAUGGUGUGUAGGCUAAUGUAUCCAUCUUAUAUUGACGAAACAUUCUUUUGAGGCUAAAACAGAUUUACCUUUUCAAGACAUUGUGAAUAACAUUGUAUCUGGUGCUAGUAUAUUUGAAAACUACAUCCUCAAUAAUAAGUAGUAUGGACUCUGCACAGCGACAUAUCUAGGGUCAGUAAAUGUGAAUGAUACUCAUGAGCAGAUAUUGUAUUUUUGUGAACUAACUUUUUGAUCAAUGGAAGUUCAGCUGCAAGUCUAGUUUGGUGACAUGUCUCCGCUCCAGCUGAAGUAUUACACAAUGUAUUAGUUGAGGAAGUUCGGAAACAUUCUUCAAUGUUCCUCAACGUUUCUUUUUUUUCUAUGUUCCUGGAAAGUCGAUAUUUCCGACUUUUCAACUAGAGAGAAAGACUGUUUGCUUAAUUCCUAGUCAGCUUCCUGAAACACACACACACACAUCCAGGCUCAGGAGACUUUAGUUACAGCUAGAGGCAGCUGCCUCCUCUGAGGCUUCACCCAGCCAACCACAAACCAUGUGACUCUGCGUCUCCUUCACCUCCUCAGCCAAUAAUUAAGUCUGAUUCUCCUGCCUGGAGAAAGCUGCACAUUUGCCACUUGUUAUACCACUAAUUAAAUCAACUCAUGUCUUCAAAAUACAAUUUGCUGUUAACUUAUGGCCUCACUCGCUGCUACCUGUCAGUGGGUAUGUUGUGCAACUGAGUGCUGAGUGCAUAAAUGUUAUACAAUGUGAUCAUAAGAGUAUGUGUGUCAAAUUCGACUCUACCAGCACAGCAUAUCCAUGCUUCAGUGCAGUUCAUUACAGCUGUGAGGGGCCCAGUUUGUGUAACAGUUCAGAUCAUUGCCUGAAGGCGACAGAGACACAGUGCCACGUGGCUCAUGGUGGGCUAAUUAAAGUGCUGCAGCCUCCGAUGAGGCACCAUUACAUGUUCUGCUUUUUUCAUCUCUUUUUAAAUCAGUGGUUCACGAUGAGUGUGAUAAGGUAAUAUUCACACUAUUCAAAUACAUCUCUGCAGGUAUUAAUCUCUUUCCAAAGUUUCCUUGUUUCCAAAGAUGUAUUUACAGUAGGAGUGAUGGAAUUAUUUAUUGUCAGCACAUCAAAUACAUUGUUGAGGCUGAUGAAUAUGAGUUUUACAGCAUGUGUUUCAGGUGUUUUAGGCCGGACAUAAAGCAGGGAAUAUUAACUAGUGAGAGAAAUACUGUUUUAUUCAAUAGGGAAGGUAUUACAAAAUGUGAUGUAACGUUUGUUAACGUUUUCAGGAACAUUAUAAAGGCAAAUAUGCUAACAAGAUGAAAGUAUUUUUUUAUUUUGAUUUUUACUACUUUACUUCUAUGACACUGAGUUAUUAAUGGUUUAGUGUGACUCACUCAUACUGUCAUUUAUUUAACCUGCUGAUGUCUGAUCACCAAAUUCUCUUCUGAAGUCAAAACAGUAGAUACAAGAUGUAUUUUAUGUUGAUUUGUCAUCACUCUUUCUAGUGUUCAGAUCAUGUUGUGAUUUAUUAAACCCUUUUCUUCUUA